CAAAGGCGUUUGCAGCAGACCGCCCAGGAUAGUCGUAGAGUCAGAGAGCUCUGUUUCGCCUUCUGUUUGUGGAUCAUAACGGCUUCAUAUCAAGGCAUUUACAUCCCGAGACUUUCCAGCAGCCAUCAGCGUUCAACGGCGUUUAUUUUCUUCCGUCCUUCUCUGGCGACAAACCAGGCGAGCGCGGAAGAGAACGCGCAGCGAUGGGAAGAUACGGCGUGUUUUCAUUAGGUUACAUUUCCGAAGAAUGAUCCAUCCGUCUGUCGAUCACGUUUUACGAGCACAAACAUCCUCCUCUAUGCAUUGGACGUAGACUUUCGCAGCACAGAAGAGUUUUGAGCAUGCACGGCGCCUAAACAGAGGAAACCAACAGUUUUUACAAACACUUGGACCGAAUCUCGGCGUCUCGUCGCUUCGCCGACACUCUUGAUUUGAUCUUUGGAUGUAUUUUUUGCAAUAUUUUUGUGUCAUGGAGUGAUGUGCACCGUGCCAAACGCGCGUAGAUGUUGCGAAAUAACAUAUGAUGUUGCAGUUUUGGGGGUUUUCGGUUGAGAUGUGUCUUAUUUCAUUCACUAAACUUCAGUGUUGCACUAUUUGGCCAUGAGUCUUCAUCAGCAGCAUCAUUAGAAAGCAGUUGUGUGUAACCACGUUGAUGCUUGCCUUUUUAUUAUACACGAAUGUGAUGCUUUCACUACAUUUGCGUUCAGUUUAGUCUUCUAGCUGCGCAUCAUCUUCAGAAAUCUAUGUUUGUAGGGAGAUAGCUUGUAUAGUGAUUGAUUUGUGAUGCAUGUUGGCUGUGCAUGACAUUUUAGGCCACUAUAAUGCUGCUUUAACUUUUUAAGUUCAUGAAGCAUCAUCAUCUUCAGUUUAUUUGCAAGCAUUUGCUCGCCUAAUAAGGUGUAUAAUAUGCAUCAAUGACAUAUAUUGGCUGUGCAUACUAUUAUAGACUACACGAAUGCUGCUUUAACUCUUUAAAGUGCAUUUAUGUUCAUAAACGCAUAGUUUCUCCUACCAGUUGAGCAUUUAAAUAUGCAUUAACGUAAUGACUUUUGGCUGUGCGUAGUAUUAUAUGCUGCUUUAACUUUGUAGAGUACAUUUAAGUCCAUAUAGUUUCAUUUCGUGCCCUAGAUGGGCAUCCACAGUGUGUAGAUUGAUAGAUUUUGUUGCUUUGGCAUUGAAGACCUUGUAGUCUCAUUUCGGUCUCCCAGAUGAGAUGUUGCAUGACUGCUCUGAAACUAAAGGAAGCUGGUUUUGAAGCGCGCACUGAUGCGCAAUGACGCUGUUGUUGUGCGCAAAUGUGUUGACGCCACCUGUGGUCUCUUAAAUCGAUUGUUUCAGGAAGAUUUAGGCACUUCGGCCAGGAGAGAGUACAGUUUGCACAACAGCCGCGUUGCUUGCGCUUUCUAACCAAGUUUAGGUGUGUAUCCUCGUACGUAACGCGUAAGUGGAGAGUUUAAAUGGUGUUCCGAAAGUUACCCGGUGUCUCAGCAUCGGGCAUGGGGCUUCGUCUGUCUCAGAAAUUCGUGUUUUUGCUGUUCCUGUCGGGGCUGGUUACUCUGUGCUUCGGGGCACUUUUCUUUCUCCCCGACUCCGUGCGCCUCAAGCGCAUCUUUCUCUCCAAGAACGAGAAUCCCGCGGUGACCGUGGGCUCCGACAAUGAGCUUUCCAAAAAGGUGCUCGGGGAUCCAGAGCAUCAGCGGGCGGGUUCAAAAGGAGGCGAGGGUGGGAAUGUCAAGCUGAAAGUGAGCCGCAAGCCCUCGGUCACCCAUGGAGCGAGAACCGUGGAGAGAUCUGUUGGAAGUAGAGCGCAGGACGAGUGGAGUCCGGCGAGGGCGCACGAACCGGCGGCCAGGGACGAGCGGGUCACCUCGGCUGCUCGUAACGGGGAACGCGGGAGCGCUUACAACUAUGAGGCAUUUAAAAAGUGUCUGCUAAAAUCACCUUUGGGGAACAACAAGGGAACUCCAUCGGAUUCCGAGACGCUUCAGCGGAGGGAGAAAGUCAAAGAGAUGAUGAAGUUCGCCUGGGACAACUAUAAACGUUACGCUUGGGGAAAGAAUGAACUUCGGCCUCUGACCAGGAACGGACACAUCGGGAAUAUGUUUGGUGGACUCAGAGGAGCUUCUAUCGUGGAUUCUCUGGACACGCUGUACAUCAUGGGUUUGAUGGAGGAGUAUGAAGAAGCCAAGGAAUGGGUCCAAAACAACUUGGACCUGAACUCGAAUGGAGAAGCGUCCCUGUUUGAGGUGAACAUCCGUUACGUUGGCGGUCUUCUCUCUGCGUACUACCUGACGGGAGCUGAGAUAUUUAAGCAGAAGGUGGUGGAGCUGGGCGAGAAGUUGUUACCCGCCUUCAACACGCCCACCGGCAUUCCCAGAGGAGUCAUUAACCUGGGCAGCAGUGGCACCAGCUGGAGUUGGGGCUGGGCAUCGGCCGGCAGCAGCAUCCUGGCCGAGUUCGGCACGCUGCACCUGGAGUUCGUUCACCUGACCGAACUGUCCGGAAACCCCGUCUUCACUGAGAAGGUGAUGAACAUCCGAAAGCUGCUGAACAAAAUCGAGAAGCCUCACGGUCUCUAUCCCAACUUCCUGAGUCCCGUCAGUGGGAACUGGGUACAGCAUCAUGUGUCUAUUGGAGGUCUUGGGGACAGUUUCUACGAGUACCUGAUCAAAUCCUUCCUGAUGUCUGACAAGACGGAUCAGGAGGCCAAGAAGAUGUAUUACAGCGCUAUGGAGGCCAUUGAGACGAACCUGGUUCAGAAGUCUCCGGCUGGACUGACGUACGUGGCCGAGUGGCGAGGAGGAAUCCUGGACCAUAAGAUGGGGCAUCUGGCCUGUUUCUCCGGCGGGAUGAUUGGCAUUGGCGCUGACGACGGGCCGGCGGGACAGAGGCAGCACUACCUGGACCUGGCAGCUGAAAUCACUCACACCUGCCACGAGUCCUACAGCCGCUCAGCCACCAAACUCGGUCCAGAGGCGUUCCGCUUUGAUGCAGGAGCCGAGGCCACAGCCACCCGCCUGAGCGACCGCUACUACAUCCUGAGGCCAGAGGUCAUCGAGAGCUACAUGUACAUGUGGCGUUUGACCCACGACCCCAAAUACAGGGAGUGGGGCUGGGAGGCCGUGGAGGCGCUGGAGAAGCAUUGUCGCGUGGACGCGGGUUUCUCAGGAAUCAGAGACGUGUACGCCUCCACAGUCAGUCACGACAACAUGCAGCAGAGCUUCUUCCUGUCCGAGACUCUCAAAUACCUGUACCUGCUGUUCUCGGACGACGACCUGCUCCCGCUGGAGGACUGGGUGUUUAACACGGAGGCUCAUCCGCUGCCCGUCAUACGCAAGACGUGCCUGCGGGAGCACGGCAGCACGCGAGGCGACGGACAGACCAACCUGGAGUAGUAUUUACCAUCACACACACACAAACACGGAUUCAACCUCACGGGUCCUGACGUGGAUUCUCAGCUCCUUUCCUGCAAAGGAUCUCUUCAUAUAUAUAUAUAUAUAUAAAAUAUACGCUGUGAUUGUAUAUCUCUGAGCCGAGACUUCCCGCUCUCCUCGGCGGGCGGAAGCCGGCGCAAUUUUCCGUGGACAAUCAGUGAAACGUGACUUUCAUGAGAAGAGCACCUUUUUUCUUUGCUUCUUUCCUCUGUGAGGAAAAAAAACGAAUAACUUGCAGCCCCGAAUCUGUGGGAGGAGUGCCGUACGAUGGCGGGCCGUGCUGAGCGAAAGAGAAAACCACUUUUCUUCACGUCUCACCUGUAAUUUAUCUUUUCUUUCAUCCUUUCAUUGUGCAUUCCUUUCUCGUUUCUUCUGCCAAAGCGUUCGCCGUCUUUAUUAUUUCGUUUCCUCUCCCCGCCCGUGAUAUAUUUUGUUCUAUCUAGUUUCCAGUCCAAUUUUGUGCUAUGAUUUUUUUCUUUAUUAUUUCGAGGACUGAGGUAUUUACACACCUGGCAAAAGGAUCCUUCGUGAAGUGUGUUGUACAGGAAGUCGAAUGAUGUCGUUGGCAAGGCAGGAUUGUUUUAUGUGAUUUUUAAACUUAAACUUGUAUUUUUUUUACGCUUUAACUGCGUUGUGAGCCUCGGUGUUGUGCACGACAUGCCAUGUUUCGAAGACCAGCAUCACGAGAGUGGAAAAACACGCACUUGCACUGACACCGCAUGGCCACUAGGGCUGGGCGAUCAUGUGUUGAAUAUUCAUUAUGGCUUUUGCUAGAGAUUGAGUCAUCCAAUUAUUUUAAUGCACUCUCAUUUUCAUGAAUCACAUUAAAUGAAUCAGAUGCAUUUGCAUCAUUGCUCAAAAAUGCUAAUGAUUGUGAAUCAUGAUUAUUUUAAUGCACUUUUUUAAUUUGUCCAGUAAGUUUCAUAAAAAUUAGAUUCAAAAACCUUAAAACAAGCAUUUUUUUUUAUCAUGCUGGAGAUUAUAAAAUACACUAUUUUUAGAAAGCACUUUUUUUAUUAAACUAGUUUAGUAAUUCAUCUGCAUUGUCAAAAUGGCAUUUAAGUUUGAUUCAUUUCUGUGAAUCAGUUCAGAUUGUCCAUUUCAAUAAAGAAAUUCAAAGAUCCUCAAAAAUGCUAAUGAUUGUGAAUCAUGAUUAUUUUAAUGCAUUUUUUAAUUUUCCUACUAAGUUUCCUAAAGAUUGCAUCAUCAGACUGGUUUCUUGAUUCUUCUUUAGUAUCAAAAACAGCAUUUAUGUUUGAUUCAUUUACAUGAAUCGAUUCAAAAACCUUGAAACAAAGAUGCAUUUGCAUCAUUGCUCAAAAAUCCUAAUGAUUAUGAAUUACGAUUAUUUUAAUGUGCUUUUUCAUUUGUCCAUUAAGUUUCGUAAAAAUUAGAUUCAAAAACCCUAAAACAAGCCUUUUUUUUAUCAUGCUGGAGAUUAUAAAAUACACUAUUUUUAGAAAGCACUUUUUUUAUUAAACUAGUUUAGUAAUUCAUCUGCAUUGUCAAAAUGGCAUUUAAGUUUGAUUCAUUUCUGUGAAUCAGUUCAGAUUGUCCAUUUCAAUAAAGUGAUUCAAAGAUCCUCAAAAAUGCUAAUGAUUGUGAAUCAUGAUUAUUUUAAUGCACUUUUUAAUUUGUCCACUAAGUUUCCUAAAGACUGCAUCAUCAGACUAGUUUCAUUAAAACAGCAUUUAUGUUUGAUUCAUUUACAUUCAUUUAAACGAUUCGAACUGUAUGUUUCAAUGAAUCAAUUCAAAAACCUUGAAACAAAGAUGCAUUUGCAUCAUUGCUCAAAAAUCCUAAUGAUUAUGAAUCAUGAUUAUUUUAAUGUGCUUUUUAAUUUGUCCACUAAGUUUCCUAAAGAUUGCAUCAUCAGACUACUUUCUUGAUUCUUUAGUAUCAAAAACAGCAUUUAUGUUUGAUUGAUUUACAUGAAUCGAUUCAAACUGUACGUUUCAAUGAAUCAAAUCAAAAACCUUGAAACAAAGAUGCAUUUGCAUCAUUGCUUAAAAAUCCUAAUGAUUGUAAAUCACAAUUAUUUUAAUGCACUUUUUAAUUUGUCCAUUAUGUUUCAAAAAAUUUGAUUCAAAAACCUUAAAAAUGAUUCAUUUCUGUGAUUCGGUUCAUUUGUCUAUUUCAAUAAACGAUUAAAAAGGCUAAAACAAAUAAUGCAUUUGCAUUAUCGCUCAAAAAUUUAAAGAUUGUGAAUCAUGCUUAUUCUAAUGUACUUUUUAAUUUGUCCAUUAAGUUUCCUAAAGAUUGCAUCAUCAGACUAGUUUCAUAUUUCUUCUUCAAAUCAAAACAUUUAAAUUUGAUUAAUCUUUGUAAAUCACUUCAAACUGCAUGUUUUAAUGAAUCGAUUCAAUUCUAAAGUAGAGAUACAUUUGCAUUAUCACUAAAACAAUGCACUAAGUUUGUGAACCACACAGCUAUUUAAAUGCGCUUUUUUGAUUUGUCCAUUAAUUUUCCUAAAUAUUGAGUUGUAAAAAUAGUUUUAUGAUUCUUCUUCAGUGUCAAAACAGCAUUUAAGUUUGAUUCAUUUCCGUGAGUCACUUCAAACUAUUUUAAAUGAAUGGAUUCAAAACUCUAAAGCAAAGAUGCAUUUGCAUCAUCACUCAAAAAUGCUUGAGAUUGUGAAUCAUUUUAAUGUGAAAAUUACAUCCUCAGACUAGUUUCAUGAUUGUUCUGCAAUGUCAAAAACAGCAUUCAAGUGAUUCACUUCAAACUGACCAGUUCAACAAACCGAUAACCCUAAAACAAAGAUGCAUUUGAAUCAUCACUUAAAAAUCAUAAUGACUGUGAAUCUCAAUUAUUUUUAUGUCCAUUAAGUUUCAUAAAAAUAGUUUCAUGAUUCUUCUUCAGUAUCAAAAACAACAUUUAAAUCUGUGCAUUUGCAUUUUAGUAAAUCGUUUUAUUUCUGAAAUUAUGCAUUUGCAUUAUCACAAAAAAAAAAAAUCAUACAAGCAUUUUAAUCUACUUUUUAAAAUUAAGAUUAAAGAAUCAUGAAUGAACUUAAUGGACAAAAUUAAAAGUGCGUUAAAAUAAGAUUCACAAUCAUUAGCAUCAGACUAGUUUUAUGGUUCGUCAGUAUCAAAAACAACAUUUAAGUUUGAUUCACUGAUGUGAAUCAGUUCAAAUGAAUCAAUUCAAAAACCCUAGAACAAAAUGCAUUUACAUCAUCACUGCUUAUUUUAAUUAUUUUAAUGCUCUUUUUAAAUUUGUCAUUUAUGCCUCUGAAAAACUGUCAUCGCACUAGUUUCAUGAUUCUUUUACAGCAUGUAAGUUUAACUCACUUCCAUGAAUCAGUUCAGAUCUCUAAACAAAUUUGCUUUUGCAUGAUCUCUCAAAAAUGCUGGAGAUCUUAAAUCACGCAAUUAUUUUAAUUUGUUCAUUAAUACUGCGUCACACUAGUUUCAUGAUUGUUCUUCAGUAUCAAAAGCAGCGAUUCAGUUUGAUUCAUUUCUGUGAAUCAGUUCAGAUGAAUCAAUUUAAAACUCUGAAGCAAAGAUGCAUUUGCAUCAUCACUCAAAAAUGUUCUCAAAGUCCACAUUUGGUGUUUUUGUAAUAUGGUUUUAGUAUGACCAUGUACUGUUAUAUUGGUGCGUAUAAAUGAAAACGAUUCAGCUGUGAAUAACACAUUGUACCGUUUCCCCCAAAAUCAGCAGGAAAUGUGAAAUCGCCUGCUUUUUUAACUUUAUCGCCCAGCCCUGUCGGCCACAGUCGUCUCAAAGCAUCGAUGCUGAAUGUGAAUGUUUUUUUUUCCCGGGGUUUUUGUCCCCGAAGCAACGCCGUCAGACACAGUAAAGGUGAAACGAGUCUGUACAGGAUGAAUGUGAGCGAUUCAUGUCAUUAAUUGUUCCUAUUUUCUCUUUCUCUUUUCUAAUUUUUAUGGACGUUUCUGAAAGACUCGCUCUUUUCGUUUUCCUCAGGUGUUUCUGUACAAGUUUUGAUUACAGUUAUUUGCACUAUUCAUUACGGUAGUGCCAAUCAUUGUUAAUUUGAACGUCUUCUGUCUCUCAUUGUUGAAUAUUUUCAAAUACUGGUAAAAGAUCUGUGCGAUUUAUACAUUUAAAACGAGUGCACAAAUG